GCAUUGAUAUUUAACAAUGCGGGCGACAACCUCAUUCCUCGCGCUCCUUUCUUUCGGGUGCACGUUCUCGUCCGCCGAGAACACAACCGCCGUCCCAUGGAAAGACCUGUCAAUCUCCGCUCCAAAAGACGGGCGAUACCUCUACCGAACAAGCAGCGGCGCGCCCUUCUUCUGGCAAGCCGACACAGCAUGGGAGCUGUUCCACCGCCUAAACCGCAGCGACAUCGAGUACUACCUCGCAGACCGCGCCAGCAAAGGCUUCAACGUCAUCCAAUCCGUCGUCAUCUCCGAGCUAAACGGCACCACGGCCCCCAACUUCUACGGCGAGCUCCCGCUGCACGACGCGGACCCGCGCCGCCCGAACGAAGCGUACUUUGCGCACGUGGACUGGGCCGUCAAGCGCGCUGCCGAGCACGGCAUCCUCGUCGCGCUGGUGCCGACCUGGGGCCGCUGGGUCAACUGUGCGUGGGCCAACGGGCCCGUGAUCUUCGACGAAGAGUCGGCGGAGUUCUACGGCAGCUACGUGGGGAGGCGUUAUCCUGGUCUCCCGAAGCUCAUUGGUGGUGAUUCGAACGGGCUUUGGGCGUGCAAUGCCUCGGCUGCUCAGGAUGCGUACAGAGAGGAUCAGAGUCAGGACCCGCAAUCUUUACUUGCACCGAUCACCGAUAGCCGUCGUAUCUGGUCUCGUAUGGUGAAGGGCUUCAAGGACGCUGAAGCAAAGGCCGGAUUCGAGUCGUUUGUCUCGUGGCAUCCUACCAAUGUUUACAUCCAGAAGCCUGAAACACCGCAGGCUUACGGCCACAAUUACAUGAACGGCAGUUUCGGCGAAGUCUCAAUGGACGCGGUGCAAUCCGGCCACGACGUCCCCGACAACAACACCAUCGACUGGCACUUCGACGCCCUCUACCGCUGGGACAGCACACUUAACUACGACAACAUUGCCGACAUGCGCGCCGCCUUCGCCGGACCAGUCGUCGAUCUCGAAAAUCACUACGAGGGCGCGAACGUCGGCUUCAACUCCUCCCGUCCGCUCUGGAACGCCUCCCACGUCCGCCACGGCUUCUACAACGCCUACCUGAGCGGGUCCUGCGGCUUCACGUACGGAGCCCAGGCGAUCUGGCAGAUGUACGCGCCCGUGCAGCAGCUUGCGCGUCCCGACCUGUACAUCGAGCCGCAGCUGGAGCAGCCGGCGAACGAGUCUUGGCACGAUGCGCUUCGCUACCCUGGCGCCACGCAAGCCGGGUAUGUGCAGAAGCUGUUCUCGUCGGUGGACAAAUCCACGUUCGGCAGCAUGCAGCCGAACCGGAGCUUCAUCGUCGGUGGAGCCGAUGGAGAAGACGUGCUCAGCUACACCGGGGACCGGUACGUGGCUGGGCUUGUCAGCCACUCGCAGUACUGGAUCUACGCGGGCUACGGUGACGCGUUUACGCUUGACUUCGAUGCGCUCGCGGCGCACUUCGAUAAGCCUGGGGCUUCUGUUAACGCCCGGUGGUACGACCCGCGGCAGGGGGAGUUCCGCAACUCCACGGAGAAGAGCCUUCUGUCAUUGACGGGGCAGCAGAAGUUUGUGUCUCCGAGUAGCGGUGGCGUGGAUCAUGACUGGGUGCUCCAUGUCGAAGUUGCUGGGAGUUCUUAAUGGAGGGAUGCUGUAAUGGGGAGAGCGAGUCUGAGACCAAAAAGCACUUAAUAUGGAAGCUUAGGACAUAUCUUUCCACGUCAAUAGUUUCUCUAUGGCAAUGAUUC